CGCGCCCUUGCCAUAAUUCGCGGCUCGACGUCUGCUCUCUCGCUAUCACUAUGAACCCUCAGGACGCUUGGAAAAGACUCUCGCAGCAGCUGCAGCGCGCCAGCUCCAGUGGAGGCGGUGGAGGUCGGCUGCCCGUCAAGGGUUUCUUCACGGGCACGGGUUUGCUUCUAGCACUCGUCGGCGGUGGUGUUGCUUUGAACGCCAGUCUGUUCAACGUUGACGGUGGUCACCGUGCCAUCAAGUACACCAGGCUCAAUGGCGUGAAAGAAGAAGUCUACCCUGAAGGAACCCAUCUCAUGGUUCCCUGGUUCGAGACCCCCAUCGUCUACGACAUUCGUGCGAAGCCGCGCAGCAUUGCAUCGUUGACCGGCACCAAGGAUUUGCAAAUGGUCAACAUUACGUGCCGUGUACUGUCAAGGCCCAAUAUCCCCGCUCUGCCUACCAUUUACCGGGAGCUGGGAACUGACUAUGAUGAGCGUGUGCUGCCAUCCAUCGUCAACGAGGUCCUGAAGAGCGUAGUCGCGCAAUUCAACGCGAGCCAAAUCAUCACUCAGCGUGAACAGGUUUCAAGACUGGUCCGCGAGAACCUGACGCGCCGCGCGCUGCGUUUCAACAUCGUUCUCGAUGACGUCUCGAUCACCCACGUCGCCUUCUCGCCUGAGUUCACACAUGCCGUCGAGGCGAAGCAGGUUGCGCAACAAACUGCCUUCCGUGCAGCCUUCCUGGUCGACCAAGCAAUCCAGGAGAAGCAGUCUAUUAUCGUUCGGGCCCAGGGUGAGGCGCGAAGUGCGGAGCUCAUUGGCGAAGCUGUUCGUCAGAACAAGGGCUUCCUGCAGCUCCGGAGGCUGGAGGCGGCCCGGGACAUCGCCACACUAUUGGCUGCAUCGGACAACCGUGUGAUGCUGGACUCGCAGAGUCUUCUGUUGAACGUGACGGAGGAUGCGGCUGACCUGCUCAAUUUUGGCAAAAAGUAAUACGGUCCCCGUGUAUCGUUUCGCAUGUGCGCGCUGUCGAUUCCAUUCCUGUUCCUUGGCCU